UGGAAACUUGUCAAAUACAUCCGUACAUGUUUGUGCCUGAAUCCGAUCCGAAAUAUGCAAGUGGGCAACAUAAACCCCCCAUGGAACAAUCUUUGUAACAACCUAGCAACAAAUGCUACGGAACGGACGGCCGUUUGUGGGCCUGCACAAUAAUCUGAUGUCACCACGAGGAGGGAUGUUCUGAUGUACACCGGCGCAGAAGGUUUGUCCUAUCAUGUUACUUAAUGUAUAAUGAAUGAUGCUCAGUUGGCGAUAGGAUACACCCAAUGAACUCAACAUGAAACCGAGAACUUCCUUCACGUUGUUGGCCUACGCUCUCAACACUAACUGGGAGCUCCGUUUGCUCUCAGAGCUUCCUCACAUUUUUGGUUGAGUGACAUUUUGACAAAACUGGUUUUGAAAUGGCACUUCGGACAAAAUCCCACACAGACCUGCAGACAGCCGGGAAGCCCUCUUUAGACGACAGCCUGUACAAGUCUUUCUCCGUGAGCAGCACUAAUGUUAACAGAGGCAGUCUGUUCGGGAGCGGGACAACGGAAGAGGUCAAAGGUCUCUCGCGGCCGUCCAGGAGGCCUGUACGAGUUGUCAGGCCGGUCAGCGCCGUCGGCUCCAACGGCUCCUUCCUGCAGAUCAACCACCUGCAAGGAGAGCUGGUCAGAACGAGGAAGGAAUGCCAGGAUCUGAGGAAAGAAAACAAGUACUUAUCAAAUGAGAUUCAUAUGGAGCGGAUCAUGAUGCGCACAGAGAACGAGCUGACCAUGAGGAAUCUCAGGAACCUGAACCAGGAGCUGCAGGCUCAAGUCAAAGAGCUGAAGCAGAGGCUGUAUACGAGCCAGCAGAGGGCGACGUUGUGCUCACGGGCUGCAGACCAAGCGGACGAGUCCAGAGGGGAGGCAGAGAAGAGCAGGGCCCUGGCUGAGGCUCGGGCCCUCGGGAGCCAGCGGGACAAGGAGGCAGCUGAGGCUGACAGGGGCCGCCUGAGUGAAGAACUACAGCAGCUUAAAAAAGAGCACACCGAUCUGCAGCUUUUACUGGCACAAAGAGAGAAGAGUUACUUUGAAACUAAGCUGAAGCUGGACCGGGUGUCUGGAGAGAAACAGGCCCUGCUGCAGGAGAACAGAAGCCUGGAGGGAGACAGAGAUGACCUCCGACACAAGCUGAGACAAAUCACAGAGGAGAAUGUCCAAAUUAAAGAGAGUGAGGUGAAUUCGAGGCGCAGAGCGAUAGCAUCAGAGGAGGAGAGCAAAAAGGCCAACCAGGCUCAGCGGGAGGCUGACGCCGAGCGACGUCUGGCUGAGAAGGAGAGACAGGAGAGAACAGCCGAGUGCCUCAGCUGGAGGGAGAAGCACCAGGUUUUAGCCGACACAUUCAGAGCUCAGGAGGACCUGAAGGCUCAGAGGCAGAACAAAGGAUGUCAGGCCAACAUCAAGAGUUACUUCCUUUGCAUGACAGAAAGUGAUCAGAGAGUGAAAAUUCUCAAAAAUCAAGACGGCAUGCCAAGAAAUUUUACGGAAGGAGACCCGGUGUACAUCUCCACCCCUGAGUCCAGCUCUGACGAGCCUGAGAGAAGUUCAUCCAGGACCAUGUUCAGGGUGUGUGCCCCACACACAGGGAGGGAUUUGGGUCCGAGUCACUUUGACGAGCUGCCCGCCUUCGGAGGAGGAGAGCGUCCAGACUCUGCAUCCCAUCGCAGAAGCAGGAAGGUUGUGGAAUACUUCUGGAUCCCGACAGACCAGGAAUAGUCAACGAUGAACAUUUACGCCAUUUACACGUUUACGAGAAGAUGGUUCAGAGAUCUUAAUGAGUUCAAACGGAUUGAAAACAUGUUUGUCAAGGAACAUUGAGACCUCCAGGCCCUGGUCCACUCUACCAACACAACGUCACAAUCAACUCUUCCUGCUUCCACAGUGAAAGGACAUCCUUUCCGCUGAAAAUUAAUUUCCUUUGCUUCUUUUACCCAUUACAUUAUUUUUAUUUAUUUUAUGUACAGGUAUGCCAUGUACAGAAAUGUAUUUGUACUUGUGGCUGAUCAACAGAAUCCACAAACUCACUUGAACAUCAAAAUCAAGGACUUCCAUGGGCUGUUUGGUGAUACCCAAGGACUCAUAAUUGACAUUUUCUGUAAGAUAAUAUUAGUCACAUUUAUAGUUGAAAGUCAUCAUGGAGGCCUAAAUUUAUUCUAUGAGAUUAUAAUGUGAAGAAGACAAUCUAAAUCCUGGUGGCUUGAGAUUGUUGAUAGAUUGUCACAGUUUCACGACUACAUCACUGAACUUUUGAAUGGACAUGGUUUUCAGUUGGCAUAAAAAAGUCAAAGGUCUGGAGAGCUGAAGGCAUACUGAUGAAUUUGAGUCCUAUAUUUAUAUUAAAAAAAAAAAGAUUAAAACUUUAAGAACUCUGAAAGCCUCUUUUCAGUUUUCAAUCAUUUUAAGGAUUUACCUGGAUUAAACCCACAAACCUUUCAUCAAUUUUAAGGCAUACGGGGCUGGUGACAGCUUAUAUCAUGACCUAAUAAUUGCUGAAUACAACCAUAAGAUAAAAAAAUCUGAAAAGAGGAAAAUAAACAACUGCUCUGAUGUAUUAUUCAUACGCUCUUCAGCACAACACCAAACCCUGAGGUGCUUCAUUAGAGCCGUUCAACGACCGACGACAGAGACUCAGACUGUGGUCAUCUCAGAUUUUUUAAUGUGUGUGACAGAGUGUGAAGCAUUUUAAUGCCAAGUAAGAAUAUGUAAAGAAAAGCUGGGUAAAUA